CUUUUUCUGAAGAAACGAACCCGCCAAUAGACGACCCACGAACCUCUUUCUGAAGAAACGAACCCGCCACAAUGGCGCCAAAGUCUAAAGCAAUAAAGAAUUCAAGUUCAUCUCAUCCACAUGGCAUAUUCUCGGGAAUGGUCGUUUUCUUAGUCGAAAAAGGAGUUCAAGCUCGUCGACUGCAGAUUUGGAAGCAGAAAUUAGCGCAAAUGGGGGCUGUCAUAGAAGAGCGUUUGUCCAAAAGGGUUACUCACAUUUUGGCUAUGGACUCUGAUUCCCUUCUCCGGCAAUUGGAUAGUGAGCAUUUGUCACGUUUUAAAGGGAGAGUUCUCCUUUAUCAAUGGUUGGAAGACAGCUUGAAGUCGGGGGAGAAGCUAUCUGAGGAUAUGUACAUACUGAAGGUGGUCCCGGAUGAAGAAAAUGUACCCGAUGAGACUUUGGGUCCUGAACCAGCUAAUGGAAGCAGUUCCAGUGACAAUAAAGGAUUACCCAACAAAAGGAUGAAAUCCUCUUCCGAGGAUAUUGAAAUUGUAAAUGUUGACGCUACUGAAGAUAGAAGAGAAAAUGAAGUAUAUUCAUCACCAAGUACAGCAAGCAGUCAUGAUGAUUCAGUUGGCUGUUUACAUUAUGCAAGUACAAGACCUCAAAGCCCAAAUGCUGAAAAUGAGGCACCAUCCUUAACUUACUGUCCACCUGAUCUAAACAAGAACAUAACGGAGAUAUUUGGGAAACUUGUGAACAUAUAUAGAGCUUUGGGUGAUGAUCGGAGGUCCUUUAGCUAUUACAAAGCUAUUGCGGUGAUUGAGAAGUUGCCAUUUAAGAUUGAAAGCGUGGACCAGGUCAAAAACCUGCCAUCAAUUGGAAAAUCAAUGAAAGAUCAUAUACAGGAGAUAAUAACCACUGGCAAGUUAUCCAAGUUGGAGCACUUUGAAACUGAUGAGAAGGUGCGAACAAUAUCCUUAUUUGGAGAAGUGUGGGGUAUAGGUCCAGCCACAGCACUAAAAUUGUAUGAGAAAGGACACCGUACAUUAGAUGAUCUGAGGAAUGAUGAUUCGCUAACAAAUGCACAAAAGUUAGGGUUGAAAUACUUUGAUGAUAUUAGGCAAAGGAUUCCACGCAAUGAGGUACAAGAGAUGGAGAACUUAUUGCAGAAAGUUGGUGAGGAUAUAUUGCCUGGGGCUGAGAUUGUUUGUGGUGGAUCAUAUAGACGUGGAAAAGCUACAUGUGGAGAUAUGGACAUUAUUAUUACACAUCCUGAUGGAAAAAGUCACAAAGGAUUUUUGACAAAAUUUGUACAGCGUUUAAAGGAAAUGAAUUUCCUAAGAGAAGAUUUGAUUUUCAGUAUUCACAGCGAAGAGGGUACUGAUUCUGGCGUUGACACAUACUUUGGUUUUUGUACCUAUCCUGGGAGGGAGUUGCGCCAUCGAAUAGAUUUAAAGGUGUACCCAAGAGACAUAUAUGCUUUUGGACUUAUAGCUUGGACAGGAAAUGAUGUUUUAAAUAGGAGGUUGAGACUGCUGGCAGAAUCUAAAGGAUUCCGGCUUGAUGACACUGGUUUGUUCCCCGCUGUUCAGGGUUCUGGUGGAAAACGGGGUGGAAGAGGAACAGCAAGUCUGAAAUUUCACACAGAAAAGGAAGUGUUUGAUUUUCUGGGAUUUCCUUGGCUUGAACCACAUGAAAGAAAUCUUUAAACUGAGAAAUUGCGGAGUUAGACAUCAGGAGGGGCCCACCAUCUUGUAAGUAAAUAAGUUUUUCGUCUCUUUUUUUGGUUUUUUGGGUUAAGUGAGUGGAUCAGUUUUACUCUAUGUAUAUAUGUAAGUAGUUUUCGGCUUUUCACUCACUUCUUGUGUCAGUUCAGACUAAGUAUAACUCUUCCAUGAACCUUACGAGUCCUUUCAGGAGCCCUUUCUCAUGAAUCUAAAAUAGAAGUUCUUGGCUUUUGCUGAUUG